UCCAACAAGACAGCAGUCAGAAAAAAUUCUUGUAAAUUCUUAUUGGAAUAACAUAAUCUCAAAAAUUGUCAUGGAAGGAAUUUUAUGGAAAUGGACUAAUUAUUGGAAUGGUUGGCAAACAAGGUGGUUUAUCUUAGAAAAUGGUAUUCUUUCAUAUUACAAAUCUCAGGAAGAAGUAAAUCAAGGCUGCAAAGGAUCUGUGAAAGUAUCAGUAUGCCAAAUAAACGUGAAUAACAUUGACAAUACAAGGUUGGAUCUUGUUAUACCUGGUCAGCAACACAUGUACCUGAGAGCUCCAUCACCUCAAGACAGGCAAAAGUGGCUGGUGGCACUAGGUAGUGCAAAAGCAUGUGUUGACUCUAAGGCAGAACCUACAGUUACAGCAUUUGAUGAAACAAACUCUCUGAGCCACAAGAAGUCUGAGCUACGUUUGUACUGUGAUUUGAUGAUGCAGCAAGUGCAUGCUGUCAAAAGUGCAGUCAAUACUGAAGGAGGUCCUGAAUUACAGAAAAUUGAUGAUGCGUCUAGUCUUCUAACAGCAACCUGCGAUACAUUUAUUAGAACACUAGAAGAUAUCAUGAGGCUAUCUAGCGGUACUACUGGUAAUUCUCCAUUUGAAAUGCCUAUUUCUAAUAUAGUACCACCCAAACCAAACAGUUUGAACAAAUCACAACUGAACAAUAAAACUUCAAAACAGAGUCUUAGUAGAUCUCUAUCUCAGGAAAAUAGAUGAAAAACUGGAACAAUUUAUCAUAAUGCUUAAAAAAAACACUUGUAAAAAUUAUCAGAAACAUAGAAAAUUUAGUGUUAGUUACUUUUGUAUAAAAAAUAUAUUUUUGAAAUAUUGUGGGGUCAUUUAAAAACAUUGGGCAUUAGGAGUCAAAUAACUGUUUUUUUAUUGUUCAUAAAAAAAUAAUGGAAUUUAUUGUUCCACAAUACACUUGAUAAGUAAUGGCAACUGUAUUCAACUGUAAAAUGGCCUUGAGUAAUAUUAUCUCAUAUAAAAAUAGCAGCUUGUAUGUAUUUAAAUUACUAUGUGUAACACUAAAAAUGAAUUAAUUGUUGAUAGCAUUAAUUUAUGCUACGAAAAUGCGUUGUGUAAUAAAAAAUAUCAGUGUAAAAUGUAGGUAUUUUUGGAUAGAAAUAUGUAAAUUGUUUAUUCUACUAGUACUUAGACACAUAAUAAUAAUUAAUAUUAAUUCUGUGUACACAAAAGCAUAGAUGCUAUAAGCACAUGACAAAAUUAUUUAUUUUACAGUACAUUCUUAUUUAUGUAGGUAUUUAAUUUAUUGAUUUUUUUAAACUGAGUUAUGAAUUCUCUUGUCCUAUUGAUUAUGUAAUGCGCAAUUUUGUAUUGAGUCCUUAUCUUUGUGUUUAUGUAACGGAAUGAGGAAGAAAAGCCACUUCGUUUACACCCUUAUAAAGAGAAAAAGAGCGACAUACUUUCACGGUGACAAAAGUCACCCGUACCCGCUCGCCUGAAGUCUUUUUAUGUGGUUUGGGCUCCAUGCAUUAGUCUCUUGUGAUGUGUAAAUUUUAAUGAGUGGUUGGGUAGAUAGAUAGGCUUGUAGCUUCAUUUUGUACAGACGUUUAAUUGAAAACUUGGAAAUGAAUAUUCGUAAGAAAAUCGGAAAUAUUUUGUCUAAUUCCUUCGCAUUUAAAAGUAUACUAAACUUAUCUGUUUUGUUUUUCUUUGAUGGCUGUGGUAGUACUAUUUAUAAAAAUCUUAAACUUUCGUGUUCAUUCCCCUCUAUUGCCCUAUUUAUCUUUAUAAAAUAUAAUUUAAUUAUUUGGGAAAGUGUGUUAAUUUAAUUUUGAAUUGCUUAUUUCAGUCUUAAAGGUAUUUUUGUUAAAAUUUAGAGUCUCAUAAACCAAAUUGAAAAUAUUUAUGAUUAUUUAUAGGUACAGUCGACAGCACGUCAACGUAAACACUGUGGUAUACGUAUUGUAGUUGCGACUUUGCAACGAAAAUGUAUAGUGCUGUCGACUGUACAUUGUUUAUUUCCAUGUUAAUCGAGGCUGAUGAUUAUUAUUAUGUAUCUAUAAAUGUUGAUCCCUGUGAUAUGUUUUUUGUUACUAUGUAUGAUGUGCAUCUGUGGUUUCGUAAAUGUAAUGUUCAUGUGUGUACAAGUUAUGCCUCUUAUUUUUUAAAUAGAUAUGAACGAACAUAACUUUAUUUAGAGCUAACUAGAGGACCUCAUCCUAUGAAAAAAAAACGUGAAGUUUGAAAACACCAGACAGGGCAACGUAUUUUUUAAAUGCAUUCUGUAUGUCACUGACACCCAUCAUUGAUUGAGAGCAACCAAAUAACUGAAUAUGGUAAAAAUACAUCGGAAGUCUCAUAAAAAUCCAUGUGUAUGAUCUGGCAAAAUAAUGACAACUCGAAUACAUAGAUUUAUGAUAAAAAUGAGGGAUCUUAAUUUCACAUUUACCCUUUAACAGAGUUCUCAUUCAUUGAUUAGUGUUUUCUUUUGUUAUUAAUUACAAUGAACUUGUACAUAAAUAAAGGGCAUAACUUGUACCUUACUUCUUUACUAAAUAUUUGGUUAAAAUGUCAUGAAAAUAUUUUUAUA